AUGCAGCAAGCAUUGACCUUUAGCAAUACACAGCACAUCUCCAUCCCCAGAGGAAACGGCCGGAAUCUAUCGCAUCAUCAUGUAAGAACCCCAGCAACCGCUUCCAAAUUCUGGAGAAAAUCAGUCACAGCUAUGGCAUCACCAACACGCUCAUGUGAGAUAGUAACACACUCGAUGCCACCGGAGAAGAUAGAGGUGUUCAAAUCGCUUGAUAAGUGGGCCACAAAAACCAUCCUACCGAUGCUAAAGCCAGUAGAGCAAUCUUGGCAGCCACAUGAUUUCUUGCCUGACUCCACACAGCCGUCCGAUUUAUUCAUGGACCAAGUCAGGGCCCUACGUGAACAAACCUCUGGAUUGCCUGACGAUUACUUGGUGGCACUGGUCGGUGACAUGAUCACUGAAGAGGCGCUGCCUACAUACAUGUCCAUGCUGAACCGGUUUGAUGGGGUUGAGGAUGAGACCGGGGCGAGCUCAGACCCUUGGUCUGUUUGGACCCGGUGUUGGACCGCUGAAGAGAACCGGCACGGGGAUCUGCUCAAGACGUACCUUUACUUGUCUGGACGCGUCAACAUGCCUACGAUCGAGCACACUAUUCAGUACCUCAUCGGUGCUGGCAUGGGAAACGACAUACCAUUCACCGUCGAUGGCGUGUUGUUUCUAGGGGAGCUUGAUACAGCCAUUGAUGUCGUCCUGAAUGAGCAACCUUCUUCUUCUUCAUGGAGGUAG